UUGUAUGUGAGAUUGCUUGUGAGUCACAUCACCCGCCUCGAAAGGAGUAUUUAUGAAGCACAAGUGCAGCACAAGUUCAUUAGCACAAAUCCCAUUGAGCCCAAGCGUGUGUGUUUGACUGUUUCUGUUAGUGUUUUUGGCUCAUUUGUGGGUGCCCUCAUUCACCUCUACAGAUUAUGGUGCUGUGCCGGCUAUCGACUGUCUCUCCGCUGUCUGUUUUCCCUCUCUCCCUCCCUCUCAUGAUGGUAAAAAUAUCUGCAGACAGCAGGAACACAGGCACAGCUCUCUCUCGCUCGCUCUCUCUCUCUCUCUCUCUCCCACCCAUGUGAUCUCUCAGGCAGGCGUCGCUGUGCACAAUCUCCAGCCCUCCGCCGGCUGCAGCUAAUGAGUCUUUGUGUGGCUCGAGCGAAUGAGAGCGAGUCUUCGGUCUGUUUUAGACCGGAGCGUAUGCUAACAGCAGUGGAGACCGGGAGCGCACGCUUUACCUCUCUCGCCCCGGUCUCCUCUCGAGUCCGAGUGAAAUGGAGGGCCAUCAUUCAGCACAUCUCAUCUGGCCUGAAAAGGCUCCUCUGAGAGAAGUGCUGUGGUGAGAGGGAGGAGAGUAACGCAGCGGUGGACGCAGCCAUGAGUGGGAUUCUGAAGAGGAAGUUUGAGGAGGUGGAGGGGGCGUCGCCCUGCUCGUCACUGAGGGAGUCGGAGGAGGAGGAGAUCUCGAGCACUGAGAGUGGAGACAGCAGCGACAGCGUCAACCCAUCGGCCUCGCACUUCACCCAUUCUUCAUCAGCAUCAUCCUCAACAUCAACACACAUGCUGCAGCGGACAGCAUCCUCGAUACUGAAGCGAGAGAAGAGGAUGAGGACGAGGAGGGUGCACUUUGAGAAGGUGACGGUGUAUUACUUCAGCCGGAGGCAGGGAUUCACCAGCGUGCCCAGCCAGGGUGGCAGUACGCUGGGCAUGUCCAGCAGGCACAGCUGCGUGCGGCAGUACACGCUGGGAGAGUUCGCCAUGGAGCAGGAGAAAAUCCACAGAGACAUGCUCCGAGACCACUUGAAAGAGGAGAAACUCAACUCUAUCCGGCUGCGGUUGACGAAGAACGGCUCGAUGGAGUCCGACGAGGCCAACGCUCUCACGCUGGACGACAUCUCUGACGACGACCUGGACAUUGAUAACACAGAGGUGGACGAAUACUUCUUCCUUCAGCCUCUGACCACUAAGAAGCGGCGCGCUCUACUGCGCUCAUCCGGCGUCAAGAAGAUCGACGUGGAGGAGAAACACGAGCUACGAGCCAUCAGGGUGUCCAGGGAAGACUGCGGCUGUGACUGCAGACUCUUCUGUGACCCUGAGACCUGCACAUGCAGCCUCGCCGGCAUCAAGUGUCAGGUGGACCGUAUGUCAUUCCCAUGUGGCUGCACAAAAGAGGGCUGCAGCAACGCAGCCGGCAGGAUCGAGUUUAACCCCAUCCGAGUGCGGACUCACUUCCUGCACACCAUCAUGAAGCUGGAACUCGAGAAGAGCCGUGAGCAGCAGCAGAAUUCCGGAGCCACGGCGGCGGCCGGCAACGGAUUCCACGGCGACCCGAACGGUCACUGCAGCCCCUUGGCGACGGGCCAGCAUUCACUGGAAUACGCGAUCCCGGAUACAGUCCCGCAGACCACAAUCAUGCAUCUGCAGGCUGGCGACGACAUAGACGAAGCCUUGGACGAAGAGGAGGAGGAGGAAGAGGAAGACGAGGAUGAUGAAGAGGAGGAAGAGGAAGAUGACGAAGAUGAGGAGAACGAAGAUGACGAGGAUGAGAGCAGCAGUCUAUGCAGUCUGUCCGACUCCAGCACACAGAGUUUGGCGAAUAGCGACUCUGAGGAGGAAGACGACGAGGACGAGGACGAUGACAAGACCGUGGAGUUUGACACGGGAUUGGCCAAUAGCGAGGUGGCUCCGCCCCCCUCCGUGAUGUGUUACUCAGAGAAUACGGUCGCGUCGGACAACCAAACGAACGGCAACUCCUACUUCAUCAACUCCACCGCGGAGUACUACCCGAUGGAAAACGCUACUCCGCCCGUACUUUUAGCCUCCGCCAACCAAUCAAAUGAGCCCUACAUAGGGGACACGGCCUCCUAUCAAGACAGAGUCAAUGACUCCAGUAGGGUCAUGUCUCAGGGUCCCUUCAAUGUGACCGCUGACCAAUACACGGACUAUUCCCAGCAGCCCGAGCAACCGUACGCCAGUCACCACUUGGCCGUGAUUGGCUGUUGCACCCCGGAGCCGGAUAAAAGCGUCCAAUCCAAAGGGACCUUCCUCAGCCAAUCGGGAGAGCUGAAUCAGAUGGAAUUCCAAAACUAUCUGAACAACAAUACGCAGGAUACAGGCUACAACGCCAACGGGAACUGUUACGUAGCUGAACAGCCAAAGGAGAUGUCUCGCAAUCUGCCCGAAGUUUCGCUAGCGGACAACACGAAAGGACCUACUUUACUGGACGCUUUCCCUGAGCCCACUCCGGUUUAGAUCCAGAGAGCGGCAAGAGUAUAAAAGCAGCCUUCGAUGUUUCGUUCUGACAAAUUUCCUGUUUAACGUUUGGGGGGGGGGCGGGGCGGAUCCAAAAAUACGUAUUUUUACUGAACUUUGCAAAGAACAAAAAAAAACGAUUUAAACUGCAAAAUCAGAGUGUAUGAUAAGCUUUAGGUUGGAAACAUACUCUACGCAAGUACGGCAACGCAAACGCGUAAUUUCACUAAAACAAUGGGUCUUGUUUACUAAUAAUUGCGUGGAUUAUCUCGUGAAUUCAAUACACGUGUGUACGCACAUCAAUUUGAUCUCAACUUCGUUGUAAUGUUAAUGAAUUUGGACUAUUUUUGAUAAGCAACUAUGUGUUUCUGUAUAACAUUUUCUUUCUGUACAACAUUUUCUUUUACAGCCUUUCGUCACUGUCUGAUGCUUUCUAAAGACACGGUUUCACCUGAAGGCGGGUGCACACUGUGCAAUUUAUAAUAGUCCUUUACGAUUGUUGCUCGUCAGACUGUACGAACAUGAUCCUCAUGUCACACUGUGGGAUCUCAGCUGUCAUUUAUGUCAGACCGUACGACAGUCAAGAUGCGUUAAAAACGGAUGCGCGCUUGAAAGCUUGUCCAGAGUAUUACGUCAACCCAUACACGUUUAGAUCAUGGCACAAUUUUGAUCAUGGCAACGAAGAUAAUUUGACAUUUGCCGUAGGAGAAGUCACACUGCAGGACUGUGCGCCAAAUCUCCUGACACUGCCAGAAUUUUGUCGGAGGUAAAAUUUGAUCGCAACGGUUAUUAAUUGGCUGUCGGUGAACAUGUCAAACUAGUGAUCAAAGACUACAGAUUUUAGCCUAGGAUUAUAGGAAUCUUUUAGGAUUCUCAAAAUUUGUCUCAGACGACCAAAUCAUGGCUAAAAUCGCACAGUGUGCACGC